CUUACCCAUCAGCUAAAUAUAAGCCACCUGCUCUGCUCAUAAACUUGCAUUGAAUUUGCUUGAAGAAAGUACCUCUCCUCUUUCUUUCAGUUCUUUGUACCACAACACCUUCAUCAAUGGCUGCCUCUGUUUCCACUAUUGGAGCUGUCAAAACUCCAUUGAGCUUGAAUGGUUCUGGAGCUGGAGCUUCAGUUCCCAGUUCAGCUUUCUUUGGCAGCAGCUUGAAGAAAGUUAUCUCAAGGCUCCCCAACACCAAGGUUUCCAAUGGAAGCUUCAAAAUUGUUGCUGCAGAGAUUGAUGAGAGCAAGCAGACUGACGGAGACAGAUGGAGGGGUCUGGCCUACGAUAUUUCCGAUGACCAGCAAGACAUCACAAGAGGGAAGGGCAUGGUUGACCCCCUCUUCCAAGCUCCACAGAAUGCCGGAACUCACUAUGCAGUCAUGAGCUCUUAUGAGUACAUUAGCACCGGUCUUCGCCAGUACAACUUUGACAACACCGAGGGUGGAUUUUACAUUGCUCCCGCUUUCAUGGACAAGCUUAUUGUUCACAUCACCAAGAACUUCUUGACCCUGCCCAACAUCAAGGUUCCUCUCAUUCUUGGUAUCUGGGGGGGCAAAGGACAAGGAAAAUCUUUCCAAUGUGAGCUUGUCUUCCAAAAGAUGGGAAUCAACCCCAUCAUGAUGAGUGCUGGAGAGCUGGAAAGUGGAAAUGCAGGAGAACCCGCGAAGUUGAUCAGGCAGAGAUACCGCGAAGCUGCUGAUAUAAUCAGGAAGGGAAAGAUGUGUGCUCUCUUCAUCAACGAUCUUGAUGCAGGUGCAGGUCGUAUGGGUGGAACCACCCAGUACACUGUCAACAACCAGAUGGUUAACGCCACCCUCAUGAACAUUGCUGAUAACCCCACAAAUGUGCAGCUCCCCGGCAUGUACAACAAGGAAGACAACCCCCGUGUGCCCAUCGUUGUCACCGGUAACGAUUUCUCAACACUGUAUGCUCCUCUCAUCCGUGACGGGCGUAUGGAGAAGUUCUACUGGGCGCCUACAAGGGAAGACCGCAUCGGUGUCUGCAAGGGGAUUUUCCAAACUGACAAUGUGUCUGAAGAGGCUGUUGUCACGAUUGUUGACACCUUCCCUGGUCAAUCCAUCGAUUUCUUUGGUGCAUUGAGGGCUAGAGUGUAUGAUGAUGAAGUGAGGAAGUGGAUUUCUGGUGUUGGUGUUGAUUUGAUUGGAAAGAAGCUUGUGAACUCAAAGGAAGGACCUCCAGUAUUUGAGCAGCCCAAGAUGACCCUGGAGAAGCUCUUGGAGUAUGGUAACAUGCUUGUGCAAGAACAAGAGAAUGUGAAGAGAGUCCAGUUGGCUGACAAGUACUUGAAUGAAGCUGCUCUUGGUAAUGCUAAUGACGAUGCUAUCAAGAGGGGAACUUUCUAAGCCUUCAUUGGAGGCAAGUAAAUAUUCCCGUGAAGGUUGUAGUGUUCCAAUGCCUCAACUUUGAUCCAGGUGCUAGAAGUUGUGAUGCAAUCUUCUUGUAACAUUCUUAGCUUUGUCAAUGUAUUGGGUGGAAGGAGAAUGCCCAAGUUUGAAUGUUUUUUUCAUGUUGAACUGUCUUCAUGUAAAAUUUUGUGUACAAUGUUAAAUUGAAUUUGGUGUCUUUUUUUCCUGCCUA